AUCUUCGUCUUCUUAUUUCUUCAUCUCCACAAUCUAAAUUCAUCUACAUUUAUAUCUUGAGAGCUUUCAGAGAAGUAAGAAAAAAAACAAACUAUAAAUACAAAGAAUAAAAAACAAAAAAAUGCUAGGGAAAAGAAUAGCUUCGUUCAAGAACUUAGCCAAGAAAGUGAAGAGCAUUAACACGACGACGACGAGAAGCGGAGGAGACAGUGGCGGCUCAGAGUCAACACAGAACGAGUCUCUUCUGAUGAGCGAGGCGGAUGAGGCGGCGAUGAUGGCUACGAAGACGCCAACGGGGACGUUCGCGGUGUACGUAGGGGAAGAGCGCGUGAGGCGCGUGGUUCCGACAAGCUAUUUGAAUCAUCCUCUGUUUAGGAUGCUACUAGACAAGUCUCACGACGAGUUCCUCUGUUUCGAGCAGAAGGUUAUGUUGGUCGUCCCUUGCAGCGUAUCCGUUUUCCAAGACGUCGUCAACGCCAUCGAGUCUUGUAACGGAAACUUUGAUUUCGGCGAUUUUGUCGAGGAGUUUCUAUAACUUAUUAAUCUCGUCUUCUUCUUUAUAACUAUUAUUAUUUAUUUUUUUCUUCUUAAAACGUUUUCUAGGUCUUUUUUUAGGGGAAUUAUAUUAUGUAUACGUAGGAUUUGAAUGAUUGGUUGUGGAAAUAUGUCAUUGAACACCCCUUUGUUGCGUGGUGUGGAAUUUGUACUUUUCCCCAUAAUUAAUUAUGAUUUGUAUUUCCUAUA